UUAGGAGAAAUUUGGAACAUCUUGACAGAAAAACUUAAAUUCGCUUACGAAGUUAUACCUGUUUCUUACGACACAGGUUUGGAACUGAUGUCUUCAGGCAAAGCAGACGUCAUGUUGGCCGCAGUGGUUUAUAAGGAAGGUCUGAUGAACGUCUACUAUUCCCACCCGUACUUUUACAACUGGUACCAUCUCUAUCUCAAGUCACCCGAAAACCGGCCUUCCUCCGUUCUGUAUUCCACCAUUUUCUUCUCGAAGUUGACGUUGUUCUCCCUUUUAGUAUUCUGUCUACUCACGAUGUCGAUCUGGAUGACGAGUUGGUAUCUGAACUCAACUUUUAAGAUAGAACGGCGUUUGUCCAUACCCACUUGCUUCUUGGGUGUAAUGUCAGGAUAUAUCAAUCAAGGUUUCGACCUAAAGCUGAGGACCUACUCCGGCCGUCUGCAAGCGACGACGGCCCUGAUGUUCGGCCUGAUGCUGUACUACGCCAUGAACGCUGCGCUGGUGGCCAAGAUAGCAGCGUUCGAGGCGUACUACCCGUUCGAGUCGCUACCCGACAUCGUCAACAGGAAGACCCUCUCGCUGUGCCUGCGGACCAGCAGCUUCGUUUACAACAAUUUCACGGACGGUAACAGGAAUAUCCUGCCCCAGUGGCAAAGGAUCGCGAACAACGAGCGCUGCUUGGACAUCGAAAUACCGCUGAACAUCCCCAAAAUUAUUUGUAACGACAACGUGGUGGUCCUGGAGAGCAAAGUGGUCAUGGGCUCCUUGUCGAUGAUGGCCAAGUAUUCUUGCACGAUCGAGGCUUUCGGCGAGAAGUAUUUCAUAAGUGGGAAUUCAUUCCUGAUGUCGAAGGCGCUUAGAGAAAAAAGGAUCAUUGACAAAUAUGUCAUAUUCAUGAGAAGUAUGGGAGUUAUCAAGAGACUAGAAAACAAGUGGAUCAAAGGAGACCAAACUGUGACCACAAAGACGUCGACCCCACAAGUCACUUUAGGACACACUAAACAUGUUUUUAUUUUCUACGCCAUCGCCAUACUCGUCAGUCUCAUCAUCUUGGGGCUCGAGAUACUCCACGACAAGUAUGUGAAUGCCGAUAUAAAAGUUAUAGAUUAUCGCAACUAAAGUUACUGUAUUGCAAAUGUGAAAUUAAUCCACCGCACUUUGCUCCAAUGCAACUUUUUUCUCUGUACGAGUGUUACAAAGUG